AUCCCAACACUAAUACUUGUUUUUAUUUUGGUAGGUUUGGUAGUCUUCAAUAAAUUGGAGGUCCUGGAUCUGGGUGAUAAUGCCUUGAUUGGGAGCAUUCCCCAGUUUAUAUGGAACUUGUCCUCUCUCCAAAUUUUAUCUUUGAGAAAAAAUAUGCUCAACAGCUCUCUACCCAGUGAAGGCUUCUGUAGAAUGAAGAAGCUCAAAAAGUUGGAUCUUAGCUGGAACCGGUUUGAUGGGAUGCUUCCUACUUGUCUGAGCAAUUUGAAGUCUCUCAGAGAGUUGGAUCUCUCGUUUAACCAAUUCACAGGAAGUGUUUCUUCUUCAUUGAUAAGUAACCUCACAUCUCUUGAGUACAUCCAUCUUGGCUAUAACCAUUUCACGGGUUUGUUCUCGUUUAGCUCAUUUGCUAACCAUUCGAAGCUUGAAGUAGUGGCUUUGCCAAGUAACGAUGACAAUUUCGAGGUGGAAACUGAAUAUACAACUUGGGUUCCCAAGUUUCAGCUCAAGGUAUUGGUGCUAUCACGUUGCAAUCUGAACAAGCUCACUGGGGAUAUCCCAAAGUUCCUCUCUCACCAGGCAUACUUACUGCAAGUCGACCUCUCCCACAAUAACUUAAAAGGAGAUCUCCCAAACUGGAUGCUUGAAAAUAACAGAAGGUUGGAAUAUCUAGAUUUGAGGAAUAAUUCAUUUAAUGGUCAGUUUCCCCUUCCCUCUUAUCCUAAUAUGCUCCUUUUAAGUGUGGAUAUCUCCAAAAACAACUUCAGUGGACUACUCCAAGAAAAUUUUGGGGAGAUGCUUCCAUGUCUGGAAUGGUUGAAUUUAGCAGAAAAUGCUUUUGAGGGUCAAAUUCCACCCUUAAUUUGUAAUAUAAGUAGCCUCUGGUUUUUGGAUUUAUCAAGUAACAACUUCUCAGGAGAAGUACCAGCACAGUUGACUGUGGGUUGCACCAAUUUAUAUGUUUUGAAAUUAUCAGACAACAGAUUUCAUGGCCCUAUAUUCUCAACACAAUUCAACCUGCCUUUGUUACAAGUGCUGCUUUUGGACAACAACCAGUUUACAGGAACUCUAUCCGGACUCUUGAACUGCUCGUGGUUGACUUUCUUGGAUAUCAGAAACAACUAUUUUUCAGGUGAAAUUCCUAAGUGGAUGCAUGGCAUGACAAAUUUAAGAACACUCAUCAUGGGAAAUAAUUCUUUCCAUGGUCGGAUCCCUCAUGAAUUCACUGAUGUACAGUAUGUAGACCUCUCUUAUAACUCAUUUACUGGCUCUUUACCCUCUUUCUCGCACCUUGGCUUUGUGAAGCAUCUACAUUUGCAAGGGAAUGCAUUCACGGGAUCAAUACCAAAACAUGUCCUAAACCCUGAAUUUCUAUUGACAUUGGAUCUUGGAGAUAACAACAUUUCCGGCAAAAUUCCCCAUUCAAUUGGCCAAUUUUCUGAAUUGAGGGUUCUGUCAUUAAGAGGAAACAACUUCAUUGGCCAAAUUCCAAAUUCCUUGUGUCAGCUGAGCAAGAUGAGCAUAUUGGAUCUUUCCAAUAACAGAUUCUCCGGGCCAAUUCCCCAUUGCUUCAAUAAUAUGACUUUUGGGAAGAGAGGGGCUAAUGAGUUCUACGCGUUUUUUCAAGACUUGAUUUUUUUCUUUCAAAGACAUUACGAGUAUGCAGUUCUUCAAGGACCAGAGCCUUCCUCCAGCAUGCGAGGCAGGAAUGAGGAUCCAUAUUUGCAAUACGACCCACAAGAUGAAGUUGGAUUUAUUACAAAGAGCAGGUAUAGCAUCUACAAGGGUGAUAUCCUCAACUUCAUGUCUGGCCUGGAUUUGUCAUCUAACGACCUCACUGGUAGAAUCCCUUAUGAACUAGGACAGCUGAAUUCAAUCCAUGCAUUGAACUUGUGGCAUAACCGGCUGAUAGGAUCCAUCCCCAAGGAUUUCUCAAAACUUCACCAACUAGAGAGUUUGGACCUUUCUUAUAACAGUUUGAGUGGAGAAAUUCCUUCACAACUUACUAAUCUAAAUUUUUUGGCUGUGUUCAUUGUGGCUCAUAACAACUUCUCAGGUAGAAUUCCGGACAUGAAAGCACAAUUUGGAACAUUCGAUGGGAGCAGCUAUGAUGGUAAUCCUUUUCUUUGUGGGUCAAUGAUAGAGAGAAAAUGCGAAACUGUUGUAGAUCAGCCGCCAACCAUGCUAUAUGAUGAAAGUGAAGGAAAGUGGUAUGACAUUGAUCCUGUCGUUUUCUCUGCAAGUUUUGUAGCAUCAUAUAUUACGAUUUUAUUGGUAUUUGUUGCACUUCUCUACAUUAAUCCUUAUUGGCGAAGAAGAUGGUUCUAUCUCAUUGAAGAAUGUAUAUAUUCAUGCUACUAUGCUGCUUCUGAUAUGCAUUAUAAGUUAUUUGCUCUUUUGUACAAAUAGAACUUGGCAUGGAGGGAAGCUUAAAUUUGAUAAAUGUUGUUGCAAUAUGAAUUUUCCAUGUACUUACCAAUGAAGUAUGAAGCACUGAUACUAUUUAUG